CAAAACUCCAUCUAUAUUUGGUUCUAUACAAUUUUUGAAGAGGGGGAGAAAAUAGUUAGACUCGUUUUUUGACAUUUGUUUUCGGGGCGAGCAGCCAAGACGCGGUUAACACGAUUUAUGCAACCUGCUUCGAUGUCCGGACUUUUGUUCAAAAGAAUGUUUAGAAGCCACUGUAAAUUGUUGUGAUGCGAAUAUCGUGUGUGAUUUGUGGGGACCUCUGCGUUCCGUCCGAUGAAGUGUCCGCAAUACCCUGUGGGCACACUUUUCAUUCUUUGUGUAUAAUACAAUGGAUUGAACGAUCCAAGUCAUGUCCUCAGUGUCGGCACAAAGCCACAGAAAAGAGCUUGGUCAAGCUUUAUUUUGAUUCUGGAGAUGAUGAUAAUGCUGUAGAAGAUCCAGAUACUCUGCAGCACAUGAUUCAGAGUUUGAAGUUCCAGAUUCGUCUCAAGGAUACCGAAAUAUCGAAAUUUAAAGAAUCAAAUUCACAGCUGAAUAAGCAGAAUAAAGGCCUUAGGGAAGAAUGCAAAACUAUUAUGAAACAACUGGGUGAUAAAGAGAGUACAAAUUUGGCCCUGAAGAGUCAGCUGAAGUUCAUGGAACAGUAUAAAGGAGAGGCUGAGAAAGCGAAACAAAAUGCAAGCAGCCUUCGCAACCAACUGACAGAGUUCCAGAAUAUUCAAUUGAUUUUAUCUGGAACCGCCAAAGAUGUGGAGAGCAUGCUGUCAUCUUACAGUGACAGCUCUGAAAGCGUGAGGUCACUAGCUACAUUUUGUGCUCUUCUCAAAAAAGAACUGAAUAAAUCUUCUGAAGAUAAGAACAGAUUCAGAGAUGAGGCUGCUGCUAUGCGAUCAAAAGUAAAGGACUUGAGGGAGAAGUGUGCUAGUGCAGUACAGUCUUUGAGUAGAACUGAACAAGUCAACAAGCUAAUGCAGGAAGAUGCACUCUCAUUAGAAAAGGAAAAUAGAAGUCUGAAGAAGAAAGUCGAUGCUCUACAGAAAGCUGUAAUAUCACCAUCAGGCCGAUCACAGGUUGCUAAUCCCUCUGAUUCGGCGGCUGAAAUUGCAGAACUCAAAGCUUCCCUUCAAAAAAUGCAGGAAAAAAUGGCAGCAUUGGAAGCUACUAUUGUCAUGCCAUUGAAACAGAACCCCACAUAUAACUGGGGACUGCCUAUAUUAGGCAUUUGCCAUUACUAUCUUGACAGCAAACCCUGUGAGAAGUUUCUGCCGUAUCUCAUGUAA